AUGGUUUAUCCCCAUCCCGCUUUACCUAAACCUGAAAGAAAAACGAGAAAGACCCACAAAAAUUCUCGUGACGGAUGUCCAAAUUGUAAAUCAAAACGAAUAAAAUGUUCAGAAGAACUUCCAUCUUGUUUCAAUUGCAUAAAAAAGAACUAUCGAUGUGGAUAUUUGGAUUUCCCUAAAGAAAAAUUAGACGCUAUCAGAAAGAAGAAUGCUAAGAAAGAACAACAGAGUCAACAACAUAAUCCACCUCAGUCUACAUCUUCAUCGGUAAACAAAGAGAUCCGUAAUCCACGAAAGAAAAGCACCGAUUUGAGCCGUCCUCCUCCAGCUCCAACUACAGAAGAACCUCCAAUGCAAUUGGUUAAUGAUCUGUAUUUAAGUAAUGGAAUAAGUUCUUUUUUAGAUAAUGAUCAAUUCUAUAACGGUGGAAAUAUCAAGAAUAAGUCACCAGUGCUAUCAGAUACACCCAACAACAGCGAACAGUUAUUAAGCAAUUACUUUCGUAUGCCAAUACCAAAUGAACAACCCAAUGAAUCAACACCUCCGAAUAUAUUUAAUAACGUGCCACAAGACAGUUUUAGUUACUUUAAUAUACCUUCCGACGAACAGAAGCCUGAUUUGUACAGCGAUUCAUUAAAAAGAAUCUAUCACGAUUAUAAUAUCGGCUUUGAACUUCCCAAUGGUUAUUCGACCGAGUCUUCAGCUGAUGCCAUGGUAAUAAAUAAUGAACAAACAAAUGGUUUUAACGGCUUUGAAAAUAAUGAUACAACAGCAUGGAAUGAUCUAUUCUUACCUUCGGUAAACGAUAUGAGUUUCUCGUCUCCAUCAUCAGUAGCAAAUGGAAAUCCACUACCAAAUGCAAUUCCCAGCUCUCAGACUUUUAGAAUGUUAAAAUUCCCUACAAAAUUAGGUGCCGUCAUUAGCAACAAGAGCUACCAGAAGGACAAAUUGAGUCAAGAAAGAGUCAAGGGAAUGCUUAUUCCAAUGUGGACAAAACAGAAUGUUAAUGGGAUCUGGUCUUCCGUGUUCAAUAAGUCUAUUGCUUUCAAAGUAUAUUUUUCAUUUUUUAUGGACUGUUCCUUGAAUGUACUUCUCAAAGUCUGUAAUAAAUCAAUCCAUUCAGGAACAAAUUUGACAUGUUUCACAUUCGAGACUUUGGAACAGUUGACAAGAAAAUCAUACAAUUACUACGGAUCAUUGAUCAAGGAUUUACGAGAAUCCAUAAGUUCCUUAGAUCCAGAAUACUCGACGAUGGUUUCUUGGUACGCUGGAUUUUCACUGCAUUUGCAUACCCAUACCACUGCCGAGUCAAUAGCAUUGCUCUAUAGUGGAUCAUCAUCCUUGCUAAACAAUGCCAUUGCAAAAUGCGAAACAAUUGAAGAAGUUCCUCCAACCUUAUUGAUACUAACGCAUGUUUUGAAAAGCGAUGUUGCUGCUUCAAUGAUUCCUGAUUAUCAAUUUGAAGUCAUUAAAGAACUUUAUGAAGAUUUAAAUGAAUUCAAAACCUUUAUCAAUUAUAAUCAGGGUUUAACAUCCGAAAACAAUGGAUAUAUUUUGAAAGCUUAUAUAGAAGUCAUGAGUUUUCUUAAGACACUUAUUGAAGAGAUUUAUCCAAAGUUUGUAGCGAUCAAUAAAUCCUACAAGGCUAAAUACAACCUUGAGGACAAGACUAAUAACCUAGUGUUCAUUUCCCCGUCGAUGUUGUUUGAUUUGUUGGUGAAAUGGUUUAAUGUGAUUCCAAGUUAUGCUUGCUCAAUUGGAGAAAGAAUGACUCCGUUAAAGAAGACGUUCUACUUGUUUUAUCCUGCGAUUGGAAUUGCAUUGGCCAAUGUAUUUCCCCUGUUAAGAUGCGUAGCUCUAGUUGACUCAUUCUAUAUGCUUUAUCCCCAUUGUGACUUCAAUAACAAACUUUAUCAAUUUACCAUUGACGAAGUUUCAAACCCCCAGCAAUAUCAAUAUUUGUACAAUUUAUCUACCAAAUUAAUACGAAUUAUAAAUUUCUUCACUAAUCGUCAACAAAUCAUUAAUCAUUACCUACAAGCUCAUUAUGAUUUUGGAAAUUGCCAUUUGGAGCUGGUUGAAACAAAUGAUGAUUCGAGCGUUCACAACAUCAUAAGGAUACUCCCUCCAAAAUUGGACACCAAAGAGAUAAUGCUUUCAAACUUCGGAAUAAACACUAUAAUCAACCUUAAUAACUACCCAAUGAUCAACGCUUUCUUUGGAGAUAUUCAAAGUGAAGUCAAGCAAGUUAUCGAGUACGAGAACCAUGCCCAAAAGAUGAGAAUUAAUCAGUUUAGAUUAAAAUACAAAGACUUACAGUCAUCUUCAUCGGAUAAGCCCGACAGUUUUAUACAAAAUGAUAACCAAUUGCAUGACUUUGACUACACAAAAGGCUAUUUUACGUUUGACUAUAAGAUUGAGACAGCUAUACAGUUGUACAGCUUACUACAAAAGAAAUCAUGGCCCCAAUUGACUAUAGAAUCAAUUCAUAUCUCCCUUUGCAACCUUGAAUUGGCAAUGCAAGAGAUUCAAAAAAGUAUUUGCAACAAACGUACUAAGUGA